AUUUUUAUCGUUCCGCCUUUUUGUGAAGGCUUGCUCCGAGUCUGGUGCCAGCAGGUUUAUGCUCUGGGCAACACGCAGCCUUCGCAUUGCUCUGCGGCAGAGCUUGAAUCUUUCUCGUGCCAUGGCGUCAGACACAAUAUUGGGAUCUCCAGGUCCAGUGGAAAUCGUCAUGCGACAAAAACUCGUGACCUUGCUCCAACCGUCUAAACUAAUCAUUACCAACGAAUCGCAGUUGCAUAGACAUCACGCCGCAAUGCGCUCUCAAGGUGGCGGGAAUGGAGAAACACAUUUUGCCGUGCAGGUAAUCUCAGAUGCUUUCAAAGGGAAGAACACGGUGCAACGCCAUCGCCUGAUAUACUCUGCCCUUUCUGAAGAAUUUUCUCAAGGGUUGCACGCACUCUCGCUAAACACUAAGACAUCGGAGGAGGCGCAGAGAUGCCAAGCUGAAAACUGACAGGGGAGAGAAUAAAUACAACAUUAUUCGACUGAUCGUGUAUACGGAGAAGCGAGGCGAAUUAUGUGAGAUGCGAAGCAUGCUUGGGGAUGCAUGGCCCAGAUUGGUUGCAGUGCACUGCCUCCCGCUGUUGAAAUUGAAGUUGACGAUUUGUAGCCAUUUUGAGAUCCAACGUUACCGAAAUGUUACCGCCGAGGAUUCAAUCACUGACAUUCAGCAAGAAGCAAUAGAUCUCUAAGCAGGGGUGUGUUUAGAGGAACACGGGUGGGCCCAAUAGAAUGAUCCGCUGUAGUUGAUCUGAGAUGCGGCAAGUGACGGUAUAUAUAUAUUCAAGAUAUACUAACA